AUGCGCAAGUUUGUAGGACACUUUCGGCCUCUCCUUUCUCACCUUCUUCUUGCCCUCUCCUACCACCUGCGGUUAUGCAUCUCUCUCUCGUUCAGGCUCGCCCAUAUCCUUCCGUCCCGCUUUCGUCGCCGGCCCCGGAAGGCAAAGAGAAGGGCGCUCAUGAUCGGCAUCAGCGUAGUGACGGAUCAGCCCAGCGCCGAGGAGCUCGCUGAUAGCAGCUUGUCACCCGCGUCUACGCCCGAAGGUGGGCUGAAGGGCCCACAUGGCGAAGCCCGCGCCAUGGGCGCUCUCCUCGAAGUCCAAUACGGGUACAGCCCGGACGACAUCGUGUAUCUCUUGGACCUUCCUGGUUAUGAAUACCCGACAAGGGAUAACAUUCUCAAGUACAUGAAGCUCCUCGUCCAAGAUGCCGACAAAGACGACCACUUUUUCAUUCAUUACGACGAGUACGUCCUGACAUCCCUAGACAUCCUCACUUGCUGGAACGAGAAGAUACUGGACGACGAGCUCAAGGCCCAUCUCGUCACCCCUCUUCCUGAUGGUUGUACUCUAACGGCUAUCUUCGAUUCCUGUCAUUCCGGCACCCUCCUCGAUCUUCCUCACUACUUGUGCAACCGCGUGCAUCUCCCUUUCGUAAACAAGGGCACUCGAAGGACCAAUCCUCUCUGGAGGAUACAAGCUCGAAGACGAGCUAUUCUACCUGGUACUAGAGAGGCUGUCUGCGAACAGCCUACUAGGAUCGAGGCGGUUCCCAGCAGCUCUCCGACUCGUCGGGUGUCGAACUCGGUUGAGCGAGGCAAUGCUGCCGGUCCAGUGGCCAAGACGGCCCUCUCCGUUGUGACCAAGCCGUCGAACGAAGCUCCAUUGCUCUGCGAAGACAUAUGUCUUUCCCCGAUUCAAAACCACCAGUACUGUGAUGGCUUUCAAUGCGUAGAAUCGCCAAAAGGAGGUCCGAAUGUGAUCUGUAUUUCCUCCUCCGGCGACGCCCAGGAGACAUGGGAGGAUGAGAAUGGCACUUCCGUCACGGCUGAAUUGAUCGCGAUAUUUUCAGUCAACCCUCAUCCUGUACUCACGGAGGUCAUGUCGACGAUCUCGCGCGACUUAUCCAGCGGCAACAAUGGGAAGCGCAAAGCAUUGAUCAUCGGCAUCAUCGGGCCGACGUUUGCUGAGCAGAUUGGCGCACUGAAGGGUCCUCAUGAGGACGCGAAAAGGGUUGGCUGCUUCCUGCAAAAGCAUUACGGUUACGACCCGAAUAACAUAAAAUAUCUCCUGGAUGAUCCCGAUUUCGAGCAGCCAACGAAGGACAAUAUCAUCAAGUACAUCGGCCUCCUCGUGAACGAUGCUCAGCCAGGAGAUCAUUUCUUCUUUCACUACUCUGGUCACUCCGCUCAGCAAGAUACGGAUGAUCCGCAGGAAGAAGACGGAAAGAACGAGUGCAUAGUCACAUCGGACGACAACUAUAUCCUGGACAAUGAACUAAACGAUAUGCUUGUCAAACCUCUUCCUGUCGGAGGGAAUUUAACCGUGCUUCUCGACGCAUGCCAUUCUGGUACUUUGUUGGAUCUGCCCCAUUACCGAUGCAAUGGCGUAUACUUGCCCUGCGUCAAUAGAGGCCAAAGACGAGCGAACGAUCGUUGGAUGCGACAAGUUCGCCGAGGGGCUAUGUAUCCAAACAACUCGACGAGGGCCAUGAUAUCGCAGCAAAGACGAAGGUCAUCCAACCAACAGCUAGAGAGAAAUUCUACUGCCCUCUGCGAUACCGGUCCAACGUCGACCUCGUCAUCGUUUCGUACUAGUAGCACCCUUUCACUCAAGCCCUACGCGAGACGCCAGGGUUCGCUACAUUUUUGUGAAAACGAGAGGCGGUGUGCCUCGCCGGAUCCCGUCUUCAGACACUGUGAUGGGUUCACAUGUACAACGUGGCAAGAAAUCGAGGAACCAGUCGCUAAUGUAAUCUGCUUCUCGUCCUCUGCUGAUCAUCAGCGAACCUGGGAAGACAAGGAUGGUAAUUCGAUGACAGAUGUGUUUCUGAACAUGCUUUCAAUCAACCCGUAUCCCUGUCUCACAGAGCUGCUCGCAGCCAUUCGCCUGGGCUGUCAAAAUUCUGCUCUACGUCUCCAUCCUGAAGCCGUUGAGUAUCAUAAAGUGCUUCGCCUCAGAAACAAGAGAAGAAUUGCACGCCACAAGAUGCCUUUCGAAGACAGAAUCCAGCCAGAAAUGAACGACUUCCAGAUACCCCAACUCUCCAGCCUGAUACCAUUGCCUCUCGACCAGAAAUGGGAUCCUUGA